AUGGCUCCCGAGCCUGUACUCCCGACGUCCAACAACACGUCCUCGACGGCCUCCGUCUCGUCCGCGCGGCAGGAGGCGCCGGCCAGGACGCCGCUCCUGGCCCGCCUGCGCGAGGAUAUCAGCCUGCAGUAUGCCGACAUCCCCGUGUGCCUCUGCAGCCUGGUGUCGGGGCUGUCCGACAGCGUGGCCUUCAACGCCAGCUCCGUCUUCGUGUCCAUGCAGACGGGCAACACGGUAUUCCUGGCGCUCGGCACCGCGGGCCUGCCGGCCAACGUGCCCAUGCUCUGGCUCAAGGCGCUCUGCUCCAUCGUCGCCUUCAUGCUCGGCGUGUACUGCUUCGGCCAGUCGCGCCACUUCCGGCCCAUGGCCAAGGGCACGCUGGCCGGCAGCUUCCUGGUCCAGUCCGUGGCCAUCUUCGCCGCGGCGGCCCUCGCGCAGGGCGGCGUGGUCCCCGCCUUUGGCUGGCUCAGCGUCGCUGAGGAGCUGGCGGAGGAGAGAGACGCGGACCUCAAGGCGUUAGGCCCGAUCAUCCUAUUAGCGUUCCAGUUCGGAGGUCAGAUUUGCACCAGCAGAAUCUUGGGCUUCAACGAAGUCCCCACAAACGUGCUCACCAGUGUCUACUGCGACUUGUUCAACGACCCGAAGCUGUUCGCACCGUGGAGCGAGAACCCGAAGAGGAAUCGCCGGGCAUCGGCAGUGGUACUCAUGCUCGUCGGCGCCGUAGCUGGUGGUUGGUUAGCAAAGAGCAACGCAGGAAUGAGCACAGCGCUGUGGAUUGCAGGGGCUAUCAAAUUCGGCAUCGCGGUUGCAUGGGUGCUGUGGAAGCCCAAGGAGAUUGGAGCAGUAGAGAAGAAGUAA